CCCACAGGAAUAUGGCUCAUACCAUCAGCUAUACAGGCUCGACGGAGAACUUAUUGCGAUGGGCGUGAUAGACAUACUUCCGAACUGCGUCUCAAGUGUUUACUUCAUGUAUGAGAAGAAGUGGGAGAAACAUUCCCUCGGUAAGGUAAUCGUCGACCUUCCUGGGCUGUGCGCUAUAUCGAGGGAAAUGCUGACCUACAUUGGACCUACAUGAAGCUUAGUGCACUGCGAGAGGCUUCUCUCGCCAAGGAGAUGCAUGAUGCAGGACUGGCUGAUAUGGGCUACCUCUACAUGGGUUUUUACGUCCAUUCUUGUACGAAAAUGCGAUACAAGGGAGACUAUGUCCCUUCAUCCCUGGCCGACCCUGAGGAAUACACCUGGCACCCUCUCGAGCAGUGGCAACCCCUACUCGACAAGUACAGAUACGUCAGCCUUUCCCAUCCCGAACAUAACCUCCAAGGAUUGCCAGACGUGUCUGAGAAUGAUUCAGCCCAGGAGCCAGAGCUUCCUGCAUCUAUUCUAUCGGCUGCUCAGAUUAUACAGACGGGCAGGCGCGGAGGCGCGGUCGCCGUGCCUGUGAUUACUUCUCCUCAGUGGAGACGACCCGCAGAACGGCUUGCCAUCUCAACGCUACUGAACGAGCUGGGACCCGAGCUUGCUGCAGAGGUACUGUUGUACAUGGCGCAUGAAGUCUGAGCCUCCAACUUGUGGGCGAAUCGAUACAGAUCGUUGCGUAUUUCAGA